UAUAUAAUAAUUUCACUUAACUGACAUAUUAUCAGUACUUUAAUACCUACGGUGAUAUCAGGCCGGAUACAUCCAACCCAUCCUUACAAUGCUGUUCUACACUGCCGUCUUCCUGACGUUACUGGGGUGCGGGGCUCAAGCUUACAGCGUGGAUUUAGAUACAGAAUUAUCUGAACUUGAAGCUGAUCCUAGAUUAUUCUUUGUUAACUUUACUUCAAGUCUGAUCCAAGUUAACACAACUAUCCUGGCAUACGGAUUGAUUGCUCUGGCCAUAGCUGCAGGAGUUGCCAUUGCUCUGUAUUAUCUGUAUGUUGAAUCCACCAGUAACAGUAGCUCUGGGUAUGGUUAUGGGCAGGGAUAUGGACAAAACUACGGGUACCAGCAGUAUGCAAGGUCUGCUAGCGAUGGUUAUGAUUUCAACGGAUUGAACGUGCUACAGUGGAUCUCUAUGCUCCAGGAGGUGUAUGAGAAGUUCGACUACAACGACCUGGAGUGCCAGAAGAAGCUGAUCUGCGAAGUCAUGCAGGAGAAGGAACAAUUUGGAGCUGUUGCAAGAAACAUGAAGACCGGAUUCGAGUUCGCCAAGUACCUCGAGGUCCUCAACAUGCCCGAUGACUUCAGGGAGAUCCUCGACGAGUACAUGGACGCCAGCGAGAGAUCCACUGGACAGAAGGAGUGCACUGAGGUGUUUGAGUGCCCCUACUCCAUCAAGGACUCAAUUAAGAGAAACUUCUCCGGAAACUCUCUGUAAACUUAAACCUUGAAACCCGCCGACACAAGAUUUUCAUACUGAGUACAAAUGAGGACAAAUAUAAAUAUAUAUAGACUGAGCGGGGACAGAUUCUUGUAAUGUAAGUACGAUGUACUACCCGGAUACUCCCCCGCCCCAUUAAACCUGGACUAAACAAACCCUGCGUAUAAACAUCAGACCUAGAGACCGAACCAGACUCCAAGACUCCGAUAUCGGCCUGAAACCUGAACCAUGAAACAGCUUAUCGAACUAAACUUGGCUUGCAUCGGUUCUGUAGCAACUAAUAUUAUCAUGACCUGAAGAUGAAGGAUAAAUGAACCUAUUUAUCCGUGUAAACUUAUUAUUUAGUUAUUUAUUGUUAACUGGGAUGUGGUCCCACGGUUUAGUUGUAAGGUUUAGUAAAAAUUGUUACCUAUGAGCUAGUUUAUAUAUCUACCCAACCCUGUGGAAACCCUUGAUUUCUCAUUUUUAGAUUCCUCUCUACACAUACUUUUAGCAAGCAAGGGAAUCUGAAUCUUAGACAAGAGUUUCAACUAAUAUUGUGUUUAAUAAAAUAUAAAACACCAAAAC